AUGGAGGAUGUUGAAAGUGCUCUGGAUGAUCUUGAAUACUUUGAUCCCAUUCUCUCACCAUUGGAGGAGGAGAAGAUGUGUAUGGACAAUAUUUGUCAAUGCCUUAAUGACUGCUUCUUUAUGAUAAAACAAUAUACUGAAGGAGAAGAGUCAUUUAAUGUAAUUUUAGUGGACCAAUCUUUGGAGUGCUUCCAGCUCGCAAAAGUGGAACCUUCAUCCAAUUAUUCCCAGCAUCAAAUUGUAAAAAUAUUUAUUAACUUGAAGAUUUAUGCUCUCAAGUGUUUGGCCAAGUUGAUUUCAGUUUGUUCCUUAGAGACAACUGAAGAUUCUUACAAAGAACUUUCUAAAAAUUGUGCAGAGCUAUUUGUAAAAGAUGAAGGUCUGAAUGCUCUUUUUGAAUGUCUUGUCAUUGACGACAAGUAUGACACAAGCGAUCAAUCAGAUGAAAAGAUGAGGUUAAUCAUUGUGGAAACUUUGUUCUUUUUUGUUUGUAGAAAUGAAAUUGCAAGAUUAGCAGUGGUUUUUCAACAAGGUCUUUUACUAAUUAUGGAACUUAUGACAGUAGAACCUAAUUCCACCAUAAGAAGCUAUUAUUGUGCCAUUUUGAGAGAAUUUUGCAUCACCUACCCAGAAGAUUUGGUAAAAGAAAAUUGUAUUGAAAACUCAGUUUCUUACCUUGCAGCAGACCCUUGUGAUGAUGUGCGGGCUUUGAGUGCUGAAAUAGUGGAAAUGUUAAUCAAAACAGAUUCAACUAAUCUAGAGAGAAUUGACUUGAUUGAAAUUGCUAAAUUGUUAAAUUCUGUGUUGAACAAUGACACCUCUGCAGUUGUAGAAUCUUGUUGUAAGCUUUGUGAAACACUUUUUAAAGAAGACACCCACAAGAUCAUUCAUUCUGAAUUUAUUAAGAACAGUUAUUGGGUAUCAUUGGUGAGAGUAAUGAAAAACCACGAUUUCAAAACAGCCUCUUGUGCCAUUAGAGCUAUUCGGUACUUAGCCCAGUUUUCUGAAAGAGACGAUUUAGCACAAAAAUGUUUGCUGAAGUUUGAUGCAAUUUCAACCCUUCUCAAGUUCUUGUUAGAUACAACCUUUGAUAAGAGAACCAACAUAGAAGAAAAAAGGAGUAAGUUUAAAAAAGAGAGAACACAGAAACAUCAACCUGUUGCAGUGGAUGAGGCUUGUGAAGUUUUGAAAACAACUAUCAAAUUGGAAUCAGCAUUUCUUUUUUCUAUGCUAUUUUAUAGAUCUCCAAGAUUGAAACAAAAGGUUAAGGAUGAUCUGAAGGUGUUUCCAAAUUGGAUUAUGGCUCUUCGAAGAAAACUCGUACAAGCUGUAGCUCAAAGCGAAAUUUCAUAUUUUGAAAAUGUUGAAAUAACAAAUGAGUUGGGAUGGAAUAUGGCAAAUUUUGUUAUUGAAAAAGAAACAGUUUACGACGAAAAAACAAGGAAUCUGGAUAUCAAGAAUUUGAUGGACGAAUUAAGCAAUUCUUGA